GGUUCUUGUUCGCGGCUACGAAAACUAACGUCCGAAUUCACUGAGGCAGAGCAGGCAGCUCGAAGCUGGACCUGCAGUCUCCCGGGACUGACCUUCCGCCGCGCUAGUCCUUCCUCCCAAGCGGGGCGGGGCUGGGGCUGCGCCUCCCGGCGCGGCGGGUGCGGGGCUUGGCCCGGGGGGCCUGGCCCGCUGUCUUUUCGGGACUGCGCGCCCGCCGAGCCAGUGGAGGCGGCGGCUUCCAGGUGAGGGGGCGCCGGGCGCCGCGCUUGUAGCUGUCGCGGCCAUUUUGAUUGAGGGCCCGAGACAAAGCAACCUGGAAACACGGGGCUGGUCUCUGCGGGCCUCACUGCGCGGGAGUGAAGUUCGUGAGGCCGCGUUGCUGCCGUCUCUUAGGGAGGCGUUUUCCAGGUCGGGUCAUCGGUGUACGUCUAUCACCAGCAAUUCCUGUUGAGCCCCUGCUCUCUCCGCCUCUGACUGCUCCCCGACCCCUGGCCCAGGUGGGGCGGUUUCUCCACGGGAGGCUCCGCGGCUCCGGGCCGGCGAGGGGCCGCGCUGGCCUGUAUCCCGGGCUGGCACUUCCCAUGGCGUCACCUGUGGCUCCGCUCCCCACGCGGGAACCAGACUUGGCCGGGCGCAAGGGGAGGAAACCUGAACCCGUGAGCUUCGCGGACGUGGCCGUGUACUUCUCCCGGGAGGAGUGGGGGUGUCUGCGGCCCACGCAGAGGGCCCUGUACCGGGACGUGAUGCGGGAGACCUACGGCCUCCUUGGCACGCUCGGUGAGAGCCGUCCCUGCGCGCCGGGGCCCUCCUUCCCGUCCCCACCGCCCAAACUCCGGGGCCUGCACAUAAGUGGGAGGCCCAUGGUCCGGGGACUCGGGACUGCGUGGAGGCAGUCUCCCAGCAGUGUAGGGUUUGGUUCUUCUUUCCCAGGUUUCAGAAGUACCAAGCCAGCCCUCAUCUCCUGGGUGGAGGAAGAGGCCGAACUGUGGGGUCCGGACGCACGGGAUCCAGAGGUGGGAGAGUGUCUGACAGAAGCAGACACAGCAGAUUCCAGAAACAAGGAAGAGAAAGAACAAAGAGAAGGGACUGAGGCCCUGGAGGAGAUCCUCUCUGUGGAUUCUCGGCCUCCUGGACUGAAGGCUCUCAAACCCUCUUCUGCUGGGCUCCUUUAUGGUUUGGAGCAGCCGCGUAGGGUGCCUCGCCGGGGUCGCCCCCCACUCUGUGCCCAUCCCCCUGUUCCAAGGGCAGACCAACGUCACGGUUGCUAUGUGUGUGGGAAGAGUUUUGCCUGGCGCUCUACCCUGGUCGAGCACCUAUACACCCACACAGGUGAGAGGCCCUUCUGUUGCCCUGACUGUGGUAAGGGCUUCAGCCAGGCCUCCUCUCUGAGCAAGCACCGGGCCAUCCAUCGUGGGGAGCGACCUCACUGCUGCCCAGACUGUGGCCGGGCCUUCACCCAGCGCUCUUCCCUCACCACCCACCUACGGGUACACACAGGCGAGAAGCCCUACUGCUGUGCUGACUGUGGCCGCUGCUUCAGCCAGAGCUCUGCCCUCCACCAGCACCAGCGGGUCCACAGUGGCGAGACCCCCUUCCCAUGCCUGGACUGUGGCCGUGCCUUUGCCCAUGCCUCAGACCUACGGCGCCAUGUGCGCACCCAUACGGGCGAGAAGCCCUACCCGUGUCCAGACUGUGGGCGCUGCUUCCGCCAGAGCUCCGAAAUGGCUGCACACCGGCGCACCCACAGUGGUGAACGCCCCUACCCCUGUCCUCAGUGUGGCAGGUGCUUCGGCCAGAAGUCAGCUAUGGCCAAGCACCAGUGGGUGCAUAGGCCUGAGCCUGGGGGCCAUAGGGGUCGAGGUGCCAGUGUGUUGCCUGUGCCCCUGGCUCCUGGCCAAGGGGACCUGGACCCACCGGUGGGCUUCCAGCACUACCCAGAGAUAUUCCAGGAGUGUGGGUGAUGGUCUCAGAUAUGACAAGGCAAAGGCUGAAGAUCUAGACAUUGCCUGAGGCCCAACCUGGGCCUAGGGGCCUGAACCUCUUUGGCAGCUCCAGGAAGGUCACAGAAUUCCUGGCAAGAAGUGGGCCUGGGGGAUGGGGACUGUCUUAUCUUAGGCUCUUACCAGCUUGAUCUGCUGUUACUUGCUUCCUAUUGUCACAGACUCUAGAAGCCCCCUUUGCUGAGUUAGGGCUGAAGUUAGAACCCCCAUUAAACCUCCACUGUGGGGAAGAAAAGGGUAUUUUUCAGAAGUAUUAGGAGGAUUGAGAUAGAGAAGAACUUUGUUUUACCCAUUGUCUUUUUACUGCAGAAGUUAAAAAUGGGUGGCCGUGUGCUGAAUCUGACCUACAACAGCCUUUUCUUUUUUGCUCAGCCAGCAUUUAAAAGUGUUACGAAAUAUUGGCCAGCAUUUAAAAGUGUUAUGAAAUAUUGGUUAAGAUUUACAAGUUCAGAUAUUUCACACAUAAAUCCAGGUUUCCGGCCUAUCUUGCUGAAUCCAAAGAUUUGGCAACUUGACCUGAGAUCCCACAAAACCACAAAGUGUGGGAGCCCCUUUUGGAUGGAGCUGGAGCCAUGCUCUACAGUUUAGCAUGCCUGCCACUCCUUACCUGCUCCUGACCAGCAUCAGCUGGCACUUGUCAUAGCUUGUGCAUGUCUCUGGCAAAGCAGACCCUCCACAUCUGGCAUUUUCCACUCAUGUACAUGACCUGUUGGGGUUCUGUUUUCAUUUGCAUUUGUAAACUGUAGUUGAUGGCAUUCAAAUAUUCCUGAAUCAGGGAGUCAGGUAGAGCGCAUAUAUGUGAAAGGGUGGCAGAAGUAAAAGCAGGCUUUAUUUUA